GGCUGCGUUGGUGCCGGUCCGUGCAGGCGGACCCGGAGCUGGGAGCGGCUCCAGCACAGGUGCUGCCGCAGCGUCCGGGCAGCGGGGACAGCGCGGGACUGAGCUGGCAGCGCCUUCCUGAGCCUCGGUGUCCCGCAGGGCCGGGACCAGCCGGGACCUGUCAUCAUGUCCCUUUCAAUGGGCCAUCCCCGUGGGUGUACAGCUGUUCCCGAGGCCGAUCUCCGAAAGGCUUUUUCGGCACUCCUGAUGUGUCAGGAGCAAGGGGCUGUUUGUUGCGAGCAGAGAGAUUCCGGCUGUGAGCUGGAGCAGAGUGAAUUCUGCUCCAUCCAUGGGCCUCUGAAGGAGCUCCUGCAUCUCCAGGAGAAACGUGCACCCGGGCUGACUCACUUGCCUGGCACGCAAGAAACGACUCGUGAGCAUGCAGUGAGUGAAGAUGUGAAGAAUGGAAUCUGCAGCAGCGAUGGCAGAGUGAGGGAGCCCCUGGAUCCCCAGGGCACAUCAGCAACCGGCCAUGGGCACAGAAGCAUCCUCAGAAGAUUGGCGGGCAAGAGGUUCAGCUGCCAUCCCGUGCUCCCCUUGGUGCUGAUCCUGCUCCUGGUGCUGGUGCUGGCGUUGGCGGUGGCCUUGGCUGUGCAGUCAGCACCACAGGCUCAAGUUCCAACUGCGACUACUCCCGUGGUUCUGGGCUGUCCCCCUCGCUGGGUUGGAUACAAUGGAGUCUGCUACUACUUCUCCAGGGAUUACAAAACCUGGGAUGAGGCUCAAGAGCGGUGCUCCGAUCUCGGGGCCUCCCUGGCCAUUGUCAAGGAUGAGGCAAUGGAUUUGCUCUUCCGCCUCGGCGGGAACGGCGAUUACUGGGUGGGGCUGCGCAGAUGGGGCGAGCACCUGCAGUGGGGGGACGGCAGCAGCUUCAGCUCCUCGGUUCCUGUCCUGGGCAAUUCCGAGUGUGUGUACCUGGCUGAGGAGAAAUUCAGGAGUGUGAUCUGCUCGAAUCCGCAGCCGUAUCUCUGCAGCAAGCCCCGAGCUCCCCUGUAACAGGGGCUGGAGAAAGGAGCUUCUCCACGCUGGGCAGUCCCAGCUUCACCUCUCAGCCCAGCUCAGGGCUGGCCUUUCUCAGCUGCACCCUGUGCCUUGCACUUGCUCUCAGGGUCACCUCAGUGCCUGUUCAUCCCCCUGCCAGCGCUGGGCUGGCUGUUCAAAGGAAAAGUCUGUGCAAUCCAUCCUGCCAGCCGUGCUAGCUGGAGUGAGGGGAUUGCCCUCAGUGCACAACAAGCUCUGGUUGAAAAAUGGUCUCU